CAAGGACUUAGAGGCGUUCCGAAUGCUGGGAACGAGAAUGCAAAAUGGCGGUGGGGAGAGGUUUGGGUUGUUUCAUUCAAUCCAGUUUGUCACUGUUUUUAGCGAUGUAAGCGCCAUGUUUCGCUGCUGUGUUUCAUAGUGGGAGAGAUGUCUAAUCAGAGAAGAUGGAUCGGGGAAGGAAGACCGCAUUUCAUCAGCCGAUCAGACCCAGCACUACCCUGGUGCGUAUCCAGCCACCCAAGGUCCACUCCACUGCCUACACCACAGGGGGGCUGAGGACACUCUACAAGAAAAUCUCACUCAGCAAGAACAGGACGAUACGAAAUGACCACGAGUUCGGGGCCUACACAGACAACUCAGGAUGCUUCGUGCCAGAGGAGUCCAUGCCACUACUUGCCAGCCGUUAUCGAUACCUGGAGAUCCUCGGGAAAGGCAACUCCUCAGUGCUGCUUAAAGCUGAGGAUACUUUCCGUCGAGAUAACAACCUGGUCUCCAUCAAGAUUCUCCACGUCAACUACCAUGCCCUUGGAUACCAGGAAGCAGACUGUAUCAGAAGGCUGAACCUGGUCGAUCCUGAGGACAUCUCCAGAUGUGUCCGACUACUGAAUUUCUUCACAUUUGACGAGCACUACUGCAUGGUGUUCGAGCUGCUGAACCCCACCCCCCUGCACCACUACUUCAGGAAACUCCACUCACCUGAGGAGAAACUGGCCAUGAUAAAGAAGGUUGCGAUCCAGCUGCUGCAGGUGCUGGGGUUCUUACUCAGAGGUAACGUGAUCCAUGCAGACCUGAAGCCAGAGAACGUGUUAGCAGUAUCAGGUGACCUUGACAGUGUGAAGGUCAUAGACUUUGGAAAUGCGAUCCAUUCGGUGCCAGAGGAGAUCUCGCUGUACUACGACGACUUUGAACUGCAGACGCUGCUCUACAGGGCCCCUGAGGUGAUGAUGGGGCUGCCAAACUUUGCCCUGGAGAUCGACAUGUGGUCUUUGGGAUGUAUCCUAGCUGAGUUAUAUAUAGGAAAGCCACUUUUCUUUGGAAUGAGCAAAAGGGAAAUUAUGAUAAAGAUGACAGGCAUCCUGGGACCUUUCCCACUCCACCCAUUUGAGGAGGGAAAGUUUUUUCCAGAGCUGAGAGAGUUUGUCAGUGUGCACGGGCCUCUGCCAGAGCAAACAGUGAUCAACAGACUGAUGGGAGAGCUGGACAACAUCAGGGACUUCCACUUUGCCAGCUUCCUGGCAGGGCUGCUCAAGUACGACCCCAGGGACAGAAUGACCCCAGCGCAGGCAGCCGUGCACCCCUUCCUGGCCCGGACCCUGGGGAUGAGAUACCUCAUGCCUGCCGACCACCCCCUUGCCAGAACGUUCUACCCUGCUGUCGGUGUGAACCCCACCAGCUACAGGCAGCGCCCACAUAUCGAGCUGGACCUCAGCAGGCAGAACCUCCGCAGUGAAGCCCUCCUCCGCAUGGGAACCUCCGCUAUCUCCAUGGCAACCAAGACUCCUCCUCAACCCGCAGGCAAGCACCGCCCGAGGUCACGGACAGGGUCAGGGGGGAGUUCCAGUUCCAGUCAGAACUCUACUCCACGACAGACACGCAUCCCACAGCCAUCUCGUCAAAGGUCCAACAACAACAACAACAACCAGAUGGGUUUGGAGACCGGGGCAGUGCAAUACAACAGAAACGGCCCGGCACAGCCUCACCACCUGCAGGAGGCAACCAAGUAUCGCCCCAACUCAGCUGAGUCACAGAAUGUGCAGUACAACCCCCACAAUGUGCAAGACUUCCAACACACUGCCCCCUCUCACACCAUGUACAGGAGAGAUGGGAACACGGGGAUGGAGGGACAGUUAAACAGCCACAGUGCAUCUCACUCAGGACAGACAAGGUCUCAGCACAAGUCUCCACAUUCUUCACAUCGUCGUGGUAACAGGCGUAGGUACCAGACACUGCCUCACAGAACAAGCAGCAGCCUGCUUCCCUCUGGCCAGGGCGUCACAGUUCAUCGCUCCAACUCACUGACUGAAGCAGAUGUUAUAAACUUGACAGAGAGCCAUAGCGCGAGCCAGCUACAGCCUUCCCAAGCACCCCGCAGUGGCAGCCAGCUGCAGCCGUCCCAGUCACACUACAGUAGCAGUCAGCCGCAACCAUCCCAGCUGGUUUCCCACGGCAGACAGAGCAGCGCCUGCAGCACUAGCCCACUGAGCGUGGACAGCAGCGACCCAGACAGUGACGACGAGGUCCUGCUGAUCAGCGAGAUUCCCACUCCACUGGUACAAAGACUAAAGCGAGCAUCGUCGGUCCCGGGGCCCCCCACCCCCCCUGCUCGCAGGAAUGUGUUCAACCGUAAGCUCCAGCCUCCUGGCCAGCAGCUGAGGCAAGACAUAGUAAAUAUGGCAGCUCCUGUUCUCAGCCCAACCAAGCAGGUUAAGAAGAGAUCAUCGCUGAAGUCGAUCAGAAGGCAAAGUAAGGAUCCUGAUUCACCACAACACCUCACCCACACGGAGAACAACGCACCUGAAAUUGCACAGGAGUUUUCCAACAUAAAGAUCACUGCCCGAGGAAGGAGCCCAACCAUCAAGGGGAUCAAGAAGUCCAAGAGCUUGCCAGAGUUCGAGCACGUGAUGAUCAAGGCUGGAGAGUCGUCUCCAGAGCUGGGGGAGCACACACCCGACUCUGCUGCCUCCAGCAGGGUUCGCAGUCUGGAAAACAUCUGCCAGGGGGAGGAUGAGCCCACCGGGAAACCGGCAAGACUGAGGAAACGCUCGCUCACCUUCAUGUCGUCUGUCAGUUCUCUGUGGAACACCUUCAAGCCGUCUGUGUCGGCCCUGCUGGGGGGACCGGGAAGGAGAGAUGAUUCAUCAGGAAUGUACCGCAGGAGGGUGAACAGUGGAAAGCAUGUCCACAUGUCUGCCGGAGGCACAGUCACUGACAUCAGCCGGGCGCUGAGUCCCAGCACAGGCACACCGUCGUCCAGGCAACCAACAGAUAUCAGCCAAUCACAGCGCCUGUCAGCUCCUGCCUGCUCUGUCCUGGAGGCAGAGACUCUCCGGGAUGCAGACGUGGGGAUAAAUGGAGGGAAGAGGAGGAACAACAUGUCCCCAACAGACAUGACCCUCUCCCCGCCCAAACAGCUGACAGAGUUGCCCACACAGGACAACGCUGCCCGGAUGUACCGGAACCAGCAGCUUCGCACCUCGAAGAAGCGUCGAGAGGAGGCAGGGCACACAGAACAGGAGAAACAGAAUGUCCGGAAGAUCGCUCAGGAGCUGAUCCAGUUCAUGCAGAAUCACCAGGCAACAAACAUGCCCCCCUCCCCGGGGAGGAGAUCCGCACCCCCAGGGGAGCAGGGGUAUCCCUCGGGUGGGCAGGCAUAUCCUCCAGGAGGGCAGGGACAUCCAGUGUGUGCAGGACACGGGGGCCAGCUGACCAGGCAGGCCCUACCCAGGACCAGAGCAGCCAGCAUUGAGGGGACAGACAGACACAGACAGAAUGGUAGUUUCCAUGAGAAAGAGGCCCAUAUGCAUCGUCGUGGGUUGAGUUUGUCUCAUGAUCACCACCAGGCAGAGGAGGGUUAUUAUGACUACAGUGGGGACGAUAGUGCUGAGGCAGGACUUCCUUCCCUGCAGGUGACUGGGGAUAGGAAGCCCAAAUCAGGGGUAGAUAAGCCAAGGAAGUGAUCCUGCUGUAGCCUGAGUACAGACUGACAUCUCAGGGAGACGGUGAGGUCUGCUGUGGAGUUCUACAGCCCAGGGCAGUCUGUGGAGGAGUGUGGAGGAAACACAGGGCAGACAUAGACCGAGCAGUAGAGGGGCGGGGUGGUUGGGUGGAGGUUUUCUCACUGAUAUGCAAACUAGAUAUUUAAUGUACUACACCAUAAACCAUACCUACCUUCUGUUGACAUAAAGCCAUGCUGAUGUGGAGUACAGGUGAACCCUUGGCAGGGAGAAGCUUAAUUGACCAGUAACAAUAUUUUAGGGUUGUCUAUUCAAAGUGCUGCUCCAUUCUUUAUCUGUAGGAGGGGCAUCAUGAGAACUGCAUAGAACUGCAAGGAACCCCAAAUGGCAUGGACAAAGCAAUGCAAAAGUUCCCAACUUGUGCCUUCUUCUGAGGCCAGUCCCUGCUACAGGACAUGGCAAGCAAGAAUGCCUGUCCAGCAAUAAAUCACCACUGUACUUGCCUUGUAUGAUGUUAAGUGCCUAGGAUAAAGAAAUACACAGUCUUAGGAACAUGUACUUGCAUGCACAUGCAAGCUACCCCUGUACAGUACAAAGAGUAGAUGUACUUGUAUGUACAAGUGAUUCUCACACAAGUGCCUUCACACUAACUAUGCAAUAACUAGAACAGGUUAGAUAACUAGCACAGGCUAAGCUGUGUUGUAAUGAUAUGGAAAUGAACUAGAGAAGGAUAACCACAAUGCACAGUUAACAAUCAGCAAAUGUAGGUUUAGAUAGGGGUCUUUUUAACUCAUACUGAGGAAAAAACACAAUUCAUGGGCCAAAUGUAUUGUAGUAAUUUGAUAUGUCUUCCACUUUACUGUACAGUGUCUGUCACUUGUGGUGAACACCUGAGAUAUAGGCCAUGUUUAAGUGAAGUCACCCAAACCGCGAUUCGGGCGUGUUAUUAAUGUCAGAGGUCAACGACCUCCUUUCUGGUGCCCCCCUCCCAGCGUAUCUCGGCCGAAUGUCCACGUAGUCCCGCCAAAGGUGCUGAAGCUCGCCCUACAACGGACACAUUAUUUGACCAUUAUGCUCUUUAAGUUGCUGCCACGUAAAAGUUGGUAUUGCAUAUAAAUAGAAGAAAUAUACAACCCGUAAUCC